AGUUACAGUAGCAGUGUUUUGACCGUGAGGGGUCGACCUAGAGAGUUCAUCCACAAAUGGGCCAUUGUAACAACUAGUACCUCUUCUACUUCAAGCCAUCCGCACCCUGAUCUUACAGGUUUCCGUUUUCCAUCUUUGAGUGGUUUUCCAGCUAAGGGCGGAGAAAAUGGCAGCAAUUCCAUCAACUGGCUCCCUCAUCGCCACACAUGAUUACUAUAGAAGGCGCCUCGGGUCCAACUCCAGCAACAGCUCCUGUGGCAGUGCGGAGUAUACAGGAGAGGUCAUUCCACAUCCCCCUGGACUUCCAAGGCAAGAUUCUGGCCACUGGUGGAGUUCAUUUUUCUUUGCAAAACAGAACCAGCCCGGCAUGCAGAACGGAUCUGAAACUCAAAAGAACAGAACCUACACCGUGGGCGACGGUCAGGUGACCUGCAUCGCCAAGGAAAUGGUUUUGAACAGACAACUCAGUGAAAGCAGUGACAAUGAAAAGUCUGAAACAUCGAACCCUCCACCACCUACUUCUUCCUAGACUCCAUCCCCAGCCCACCGCCUCACCUUCCUGCCACCUGCCCCCCCUCACACCACCCUCACCCAUAGUCCAUCACUGGAGAUGAUGAUGAUGGCGUUUGUUACAUUUUAGUCAAUGCUUUUUCCUUUUUGCCCCUGUAUAGUAUAUUUUUAUUGUGACCAAAAGUUUUAAAAAAAAGUAUGUAAAAAGUUUUUUUCAUUUUAUUCUU